AGGAACUGUUUCUCCAUUCGCAACUCUUGGAUACUGUUUUGAGGACUUACCAAAGACAUUUUUACUGACAACUUCUGUCGUCUGUGGCUGUCAGGAUGCAGCAGUCUGUGUUGAAGGUCCUGUGUUCCACACUGCUGCUUCUAGCUGGGGUGACCUAUGUGUACUCACAGUCAGAUUGUUCCCAGGCUGAGUCAUGUGACUUGUGCGUUGGAGACUCCAUGCUCAACCUGACAGGCUGCGUCUGGAGGCUUUGUCCAGAUGGUAAUGAUACGGGGAUGUGUGUGACUGAUGAGGGCGACUCAGCAGACACCUCCAUGAACUGCAGCUGGACCAGAGUGUCUGAACUGUGCACAGUUGUAGAGACGGUGGCUGAGGGAGGAGGCGAAGGUGACUCAGGUGAUGGCAGUAAGUCGUCUCCAGAGUUCUCCCAGGCCAAGUUUGACAUGUCCAGUUUUAUCGGUGGCAUCAUCCUGGUGCUGUGCCUGCAGGCGGGCGGCUUCUUCGCCAUGCGUUUCCUCAAAUCCAAAGAGCAGAGCAGCUAUGACCCCAUAGAGCAGCCGCAAUGAAGUCAAGGCGUGUGAAGGACAAGCAGAUGAGUGUGCAGGACGUCAGAGCAGUGACUCAUCGACUUGUGACCGUGAGAUAUUUAUUUCUCUCCUCCUGAGCCCCUGUCAUUUUCGGUGUGGUCCCCAAGUGUACCCCUGGGGGAUGGGUGUAUUUAUAAGAUGCAAACUUUCUUCAGAUUGCAAAUUUGUGUAGCGAGUGUGUGCAUGUGUUCACUGUGUAUAGCACCACAUUUCUACUUCAGAAACAUUUUGGCUGCAAGUAGUCAUACAGUAAGACAAAUGGGAAACAAACAGUCUCUGAUUGUUUCAGCGAAUGAGCUUUGCGAUUGGAACUCAACAUUAAUCUUCACAGAAACUAAUUUAACAAGUUAAGAGUUUGUCCUCUUACAAACAACAAGGCUGUAUCAAAUGUUUUAACUGUGUAAACAAUACAGUGCAACAAUGGGAAAGGGUGAUAUGUAGACAAGAGGUCAGACAAGGUUAUUAAAGGCAUUUUCAACUUUUCCCAAAAUGAGAUUGUGAAACUCAGUUUUGUCGAUGAGUACUAGUCUUGUUUUUUUGAAAGCAAAAGUUAAAAUAAUGUCUCUUAUGUAUGUAUUUUAUGUAUUAACUUGUAGUCAGUGAAAUGUUUUGUCUAGGGAUGUUUAGGAGACAUCUUGAGGAUUAAAGGUUUACACUUUCUAACCUAACAUCUAAGACUUAUCAGACAUCCUUCAAACUUGAAAAGCUCGAAUGUGACGUUAGUACUGCACUGCUUUGAUUUGUGUGUUUUUGAAUUGUCAAGAGCUUUUUUGUAAGUUUAUUUUCAUGGAGACGUCAGUUUUAAUUGCUCUGAUUGACAUACCAGCUCUAACCCUUUGAUAACAGAUCACAGAAAUAUGAUGGGACACUGUUCACUUGUGUUCAUAUUGAUUAGUUUGUUGAUAAUGAAAUG